AGCAUUCCAAAUUGUUUCCACGCUUUCGAUCCUCCGAGAGUUCAGUUUUUAUCUACCUUUGCUCCAAAAAGUAGAUAUUAGCGCUAGAAGGAGGCCAUCUUUUCAUCACCAUUCGCAGAGAUUAGCAGGUUAGUGGGAGCUUUGGAGUGGUAAGAUGAUUUGCUGGCGGAACAAGCAAAUUUGUUUGGCGAGUAAAUUGUGUGAUAUUGGCCACUUAGGAUUCCGGUGUGGAGAGGUUACAGAGGAAGGUCUUUACAUGCUGUGGAAUCCGUCGCGUUUGUUUGAGUGGCGCGUGCAUUCGUUUCUUCUCCUUUCUGACAAAGUUGGAGUCAUCUUGCACUAGGGUUUGGAUUUCUUGCGUGCCUGGGCUGGAUUUGUAGGUGUUAAUUGUUGAGAGUGUAGUCGUGGAAUUAGAUCGCGUCGUGGGAAUUCGGACGGGUGCCGGUUGCCUUGCGAUGAAAGCCUAGCGUGGCUUCUUAGAAAUUGAGGAGGUGGGGUCUUAAUCGUUUGGAUGGUUCAAGAAUCUGGGGAAGGGGAAGGGAACGGGGGUGGAAUUUAUGGUUUGGACUUGGUGCUGGCGCUAGCAGAGGUGCAGGGAAGACAGAAAUUAGCAUCAAAUAUGGCGGAUGUGUUGGAGGCGAUGGGCUUUCCGAGAGAAUGGUGUGAGCAAGCACUAAGGCGCAGCAGUGGGAUUGAGCCGGCUGUGGAAUUAUUGUUGCAGUGGCCAGCAGAUGGGGGUGCCCCUUCAACGGCAGAGGGUCCGUCUGCGUUGCCCUCGCCACUCUCUUCAUCGCAUCCUUCUGGUAGUGUGGCCGCUGAUUCUACCGUCACCGACCCCGUGAGUCCAGCAGCGAGAUUGGAUGCGGUUGUCCCAGAUGCAGGUGGCGAUGACCAAAUUCACGGUUCUAAUUCGACAGAGCGCCUGAAGGUUCAUGAUGAAGGGUUGGAGAAAGUGAAAGCUCGAAAAUAUAUGGUGGAUGGCAAAGUCAAUGGUAGGUGGCACGGGCAGCUUGCUGCUGCACCGGCGUUGGCUUCUGGCUCAAAUUCCGGUGAUAAAGCGGACGCAGUUUCGGUCGAGCUUCAUAUUCGUUGCUCAGGGUAUCCAACCAUAAAAGGGACUUUCAGUGCAGGUGCAACUCUGAAGGAGGUGCGAGACUUUUACCUCCAACAGUUGCAAAACCCGCAACUGCAGCAACCGGUGGGAACGCCAUCAACCAUGGUGACUAAUCGUCAGUGUAGAAGGACAUCUCGUUCUAGGGGCAAUGCGGCAGUUGUAUCUUCCGAGAGGGUUUCCCAUAGAUCAAGAAAAACUUCAAGAUAUGCUGAUCCAUCUUCAAGCGCAACCACCUCUUGCGACCUUGCUACAAAGAAUUUGUACUUCUUGAUUCCUUUUCCCCGAAUAGUGUUUGAUACAGAAGCGUUGAUGGAGACAACGUUGAGCGAUGCAAACCUUUUUCCUCGAGGAAUUCUUACUGCACAGUUCAAAACUAAAGAGGACUCUUCAACAUCAGAGCACUUUAACAAUCCGCAUGAAUUUAGUGAACCUUCUGGAAAGGGUGUGCAAUCCUGGCAUGCACAUGUGCCCGCUUCCCAACUCCUGCGAGAUAAUAAUGUCUCUCGACGUGUUGAGGACGUGGUAAUGCGGGAACGUCGACUAGAAGCAACUCCAGAGAGACAUGGCAUUGGGCAAGGCUCUGAAAGAGCGACCAGUGGAACUGUAGAUGUCGGUAUUGCAGCGACGUCUAUGUCAGCACCAGCAGUUCUACCUUCGGUGGCAGCUGCCUCCAUUUCUGUAGCCCGCAGUAAGGAGAGAAACUUGGAGGUGGAUGGUGAGCGUGUUCGGCAUCGUGAGCUAGCUUUGCAAGCAGCGGCUAAGAGAAUGACGGAAGCAGCCCAGAUGUUUCGAGAGGGUUUUAUGCCUGAUGAAGAACUUGCAGGAGACAUUUGCACACCAUCAGAUUUACAACCAGUACCAACAAUCACUAGCAAUGAUGAAGCAAGAUCUAUUCCUGGGAAUCAAGACUGCAAAGGCAAGCAAGUUGCAGAUUGUGGUACAAGUCAACCAGCUGAGGUGCGGGUGCAGGAUAUAGGAAGCAACAUUGUUGGUUUGAGAGGGCGGAUCCCUCGAACACGCUCGCCUCUGCCGUCUCCCUCCGCCUCUCGGCCGGAAAAGUUGCAGCGCAUCGACGAAACAAGAAGCAAUAGCUCUGCUGGGGAGAAUGGCUCAUCCUUUUCUGCAAGUGGACAUACUAUAGAUUGUGCUGGUCGAAGAGGGGAAGUUCAAGAAACAUCGCCGUCUGAAAGGUUGCAUAUAGGAUCCCCUGGCAGUGGAAGUUCUGCUGUUAGUGAGCUAAAAAUACGGCUGGAAGAUGGGAGUGUUCUUCAGCACACAUUUCCUGCGUAUACCACCCUACUGUCUGUUUGCGAGUUCGCUAUUCCAGGAAGAUUUUCAACAGCUGAACAUGGGCUUAUACUUCCGAUUACAGGGUCUCAAUUUUUCGAAGGAGAAGGUUUGAACUCAACUUUGCAACAAGUGGGACUUGUCCCUCGCGGCGUGGUACACUUACAGAAUUUGACAAGCAGGGGCUUAGUGACUCGAGGCAGGCGUCGGACACGACGUGUAAUGAGAUAUCACCAGAGAGACAAUGGACCCGAGCCUGAAUUAGAACAGUUAUGGCAAGACUUUAGCCGCCACAUGAACACCAACCUUACUUACGAAGAGUUGGUUGAGCUCGAAGACAGCAUAGGUCGAGUGAACGUUGGAGUGCCGGAGGCAACAAUAGCGGAAUUGCCUACACACACCGUUUCUCGAAGUGCUGGAGAUAUUUGUAUCGUGUGCUUGUCAGAGAUGGUAGAAGGUGAGGAAGUUAUGGUGCUACCGUGCGUUCAUACUUUCCACCCUGCUUGCAUACGUCAAUGGCUGCUGCAGUCCACUUGCUGCCCAACAUGCAAAUACUACAUCUCGUAGUUAGUGUAGGGAUAAUGAACGUAGAAGUUGCACUUGGGAAUACAGAGUACUACGAGAAGGACAUUGAUAUGCAAAUAGAUUUUGGUGAAAAGUGCCACAGUUAACCGGAAGCAUUGUAAAGAAUUCUUGAAAGAAAGUGAAAUUGGCAUGUAGAAAGAACCCCCUCCUUUCCGGAGGCGUGUUUGUGAAAAUUUGUCCUGGUGUUUCUCAAACGGCAGUUUCUUGUUACUUUCAUAAUUCUUUCUUCGAAGAUGGAAAGUUUUUAUAGUGUAGAAUAGACGACAUUGAAGGACGUUAAUUUCCCUUCUUGUAUUGCAAGAAUGUAGAGGUUGUUGAGGGGGAUGGAUUAUGAUAGGUUAGGGUCUUACCAUGAGAGCCUGAAUUUAGAGUUGGAUGAAACCAGUUCAUCUUGAGACACUGGGAGGUAUGUUAGUUCUGUAAUUUCACUGUGGCUCUUUAAAGCGGAUCAUGUUGUCUUCAUGAUAAUAUGACACCCAGCUAGUGCAGUUUUGUGUAAACAACUCGACUGCGGGCCGACAGAAUAUUUGACCAACUACCCACGCAGCAUGGCUGUGCUGUCUAUCUUAACAAUCAGGAGAACGUGAUAUAAAUUGGCUCUCCUGGAAUUCUCUCAUCCA